AUGGGGCGGUUGAGCGAAGUGUCGGCGAGUUUGCUGGGUCCUGGUGACAUCAGUUACAGCUCGUCCCAAGCAACAAAGUGGUGCUUGGACAUUUCGGACACUUUUCAUCCACCCAGUGGAUCCAAGUGGCAUUCUGUCCUCAGCAGCUUCCUCAAUGGUCACAGUCAUCACCGACCUCGUCAUGCCCAUGUUCUGGAUGCCUCCCCGCACCAUGGACACCCACACCACGGCCAUGGUGCCCGUGGCCGUGGGACGCACCACGGUUACCACGGCCAUCGGGGCCACAGCCACAGGCGCCACUGGGGCCGAAGUCACUCACCCCAUGGCCAUCGCCAUGGUUUGGGCACGCGAAGUCCAAGAGGACAUCGAGGACAUCACUUGAGAAUGAAGCACGCAGCACCCGGUCAUCAUAGGGCUUGGCCUUCCCCAUUGACCGAAGCCGGCUUUGUGGCAGCACGCCAUCCGCGCCGGCACAGUGACCUUUCGAGUUUUGAGGAGGCCGCCAAGGAGAAGAAAAUCGAGGAGAAGAAGGCGCAAGUUGAGCUGAAGAUCAAAGAGAUCGACCGACAGAUUGAGGAGCAGCGCUCCAGCGAGCGCGCCUUGGCGGAACAGGAGGAGGACCAGGAGAAGGACGCCCAACGUGCGGCCAACGUGGGGAAAAUGGGUUCGGAGAUGGGAGAUGAUGCCAUCCUUUCACCAGAACAAGAAGAGGCGGGGCUUAAGGCGCGCGAAAUCUCGAAACAGGAAUCCGCGGUGGUGGACAAGUCACAGCAGCUGGUGAAUGAAAAGCUGGAGCUGCUCAAAGAGUUGAAGAAGUUGGAAGACGCGGAAGCUGCAGGGAAAGCAGAGCCCGGUGACACAGUGGAGAGGGAGAUUGUCGGCCCUGCUGGCGAGAAGGAAGUGGAGGUAGUGAAGGAAGAACCUGGAGGGCAAGAAGAGGUUAUGGAGGUCAAGGAAGAAACCCCCGAGGAAGCGGCGCAGAUGGCCGACUCAGGGGGUGAGAUCGUGGAACCACCCGUGCCCGCGCCUGCAGCCGCGCCUGCAGCCGCGCCGGCCACGCAGGAGGAGUUCGAAUGCCCACCAUGCCCACCGGUCCCCAAAGCCCGUGAGCGGCCGCUGAUGAUUUCGGCGGAAGACGAACCACCAGGCAGAGCGCCCAGAGUGGAAGUGAACGUCACGGAGUCCUAUUCUCCUCCCAACUUCACCGCGCCCUCGUUGCUACUGGCGCCUCCAGCACCUGUCAAAACCAUGCGCCUGUCUAUGCCAUCCAUGCCAUCCAUGCCAUCCAUGCCGCAGCCUGCGCUGCCGCAAGCGCCCCAAGUCAUUGAGCAGGGCACGGCCGGUGACGAUCGAAUCCAAUGGCAGCCGCCGGAGCACGUGCCCUUGGCCACCAUCGGCUCUGCCCCGGCCAGCUUGGCCGGCGCGCUGAUGGAUGAAGAGGUGCAGGAUGAGAACGAAGUGCCCCAGGAAUAUGACGACGAAGAGCCGCCGCAAAUCGAUGAAGUGCACGAAGCCUUGCGUGGAGGCCAUGCCUUCAAGAAGAUGCCAGUGGAACAAACCAUGCCGCUGCUCGCAGCGCUUCUGGAGCCGCGGCCUGUUCCCACACGUGCACGUGAGAUGCAAGGGGUAAGAGAUGCCUUGUUCUUCCACUACUCCGGGCACGGAGGUCGUGAAGUCGAUGCCAAUGCCCAGUCGGGCUAUGUGGAAACCCUCUGCCCAGAGGUGGAUCUUGUGGGUGGCCGGGGUGGCCAAUGGGAAAUGACGACUGGGAAGAGAUGGCAAGAUGGGAAUGGUUUCCUUAUGGACACGGAGCUCUUCGAGACCUUAGUGAGGCCCCUGCCCUCGGGCUGCCGGUUGACUUGUUUGAUGGACUGCUGCCACAGCGGCGGGGGAGUCUUGAACUUGCCCUAUCUCUUCACCGGUACACCGGAAAAUCUCAGAGAGGCGUUGAAAGGCCAGGCUAUCUCCAUGGUCAUGUCGAAAGAUUGGCUCCACAGCCUGAGCGCCUUGAAACGUGGCAAUCCUCUGGAUUUCAUGAAGGACGCAUCUUCGAUGGGCCUGGGCCUUUGGGGGAUGUGGAAUCAAUCCAAACAGGCCAACGAAACGGGCUUCGUGGCAGAUGAACAGGAGAACAUCGGCCUGGCGGUUGGGGAGGUGGUAGCGAUCACCGGCUGCCGCUCCGACCAGACCAGCGCAGAUGUGGGGAAUGUGCACGCGGACUUCCAAGUUGGCCCCAGCGGCCGACGCUCAUCGCUGCAGAUGGGGCAUCGGAGAUCCAUCCCCAACACAGCGGCCGGUGGGGCGCUCACGUCCGUCUUCAUGGAAUCCCUUCAGGCCGGGGAGGGCUUCAGCUAUUUGGCCCUGCUGGAGAGGAUCCGUAGCCGCUUGGAGGAAGAAGAUUUCGACCAAGUGCCACAGCUGGCCACGUCACUGCUCAUCGAGCUCAAGCGCCUUGGCCUUGGGAUGGCAUGGAUCGUGGGGCCAAAGUUGCAUGGAUUUUUCAAUAUUUUCAUGUUCUUUGAUGAGAGAUAUUUUGAUCGUAGAUUGGCCAUACAAUGA